UGAGCGCUGAGAUUACGUCUCCCGGGCGGUAGUGCACGUAGAGCUGAUUUGCAACCCGCCGAAGCUCCAGCAGAGAAGGAGGAAAAAUGUCGCUGGAGUCGACGCGGACCGUUCUAGGAUCAGUGAGCUCUUAGGAGAAAACGCACAGCAGUUCGAACAAACCUGUGGCGCUGACAUGGACUGUUUGACACUUUUGUUUGGCCAACACUACACAAGCCUCUGAAGGUUACUUGGUCUAAUAAUCACAGCCUCCUGACCCCCCAGCUACCGUGGUUCAGUUCCAGCCCAAGCAUGGACCAGUCUGCCAGAGUGGUGAGUCUGGAUGCCCAGGGCAACAUGGUUUUCACCGUAGUGAAGCCGGUCAUGGGCAUCUUUCAGGUUUCCUCAGAGCCAGGAAACAGUGUGGCACAAGCCAGCAUGGACCUACAGGGCUUGUCAGAAAGCACGCUGGUCCUCCCGCAAAUGCCAGGACAGGCCCUGCUCGAGCCCAACCAGGUGGAAAUGCACGCCAUGCAGCCUCACGUCCAGCCCCAGGUGCCGGGUUCUGGCCCGGUCCAGUCUGAGGGUGCCUCGCAGAGUCAGGAGCUGGCAGCAAACUCCAGCUCGACCUCCGGGACCCAGAUGCCGUUUGCAGAAGUGUCGUCACUGCUGGAUCCCAACAUGAAAGGCUCCAAAGCUCGCAAGUAUCUCAUCUCGUAUGAAGAAAUCAAACGGCGCCUGCAGGCCCCAGAGAGGAUGUCCCUGCGCUCGCUGGCGGCGUACACCCGCGUCAGCAGAGGCCCGGCCAGCAAGAAAACGCUGCUGGAGUCGCUCAAUGUGCUGGGCCUGACGCCGAGCACGACCACGUCCGUCUCCUCCGCCUUCUCCAAACUCACGGAAGGCGACACCAGAGCUCUGUGCGACGACAUGAAAGACUUCGCCCAAGACUACAUCGACUACGGCAACAUGGCGAAGCAGCUCAUCCCUGAGACCAAUACAGUGCAACACUGGUCCAAAAUCAUUGAAACCAAAAACCACCUUGAAGACAUGAGGAAAUGCUUCAAGGACCCGGUCAACGGCGGCGCCUUCGACAGCGUCACCCACGGCCUCGGUCUGGGAAUGCUGGAUGUGGCGCUGGACGUGGUCGUCAUGGUGAUCGAGCAGCAGAUCCGCAUCCUUUCCGGCGCGGCGGCGUCAGAGCCCGCCGACUCUGGCCCAAUGAUGCGACGCGUCCGCCGGCGCCACCGCAAAGUCCGCUCCCACGACCACGAGGUGGCGGCCGCGGUCAAGGAGGAAGGAAAGGGCCUCAGCCAAGGAAGGGGACGAGGCAAGAUGAGGAAGAGGCCCCGGCGGGAACAGGGAGCGCUUGGCUGUGUGGAAGGCCAAGCGGAGCAGAGCAAGCCGCACGAUGUUCUGACGCUGGUGUCCGUGGGAUACGAGACGGUCUCCAGUGGCCUCAGUGCAGCUGGACCCGUUUGACACCGGCCCGACUGGUCCACAGAACCAGGGAGGGAGGUCAAACCCCUCAUUGCCCAGUCGCCACCAGCCCUCAGGUAGCUGCUAGCAUCCUCACCGGUCCCAGAGGAACCGUUAAUUAGCCCGUAGUGACUGAAGGACUAGAACUAGCAACCUACGAGUCGACGGACGGCAGGUUUAAGACUGUGAUAUCAAACCUGUCACUUAGUUUUUUACACUUUUCUUCAUAAAUGUGAUAUAAUGUGUUUCCUAAUGAGCUUCAUGGCUUCAGGUUGCAGCAUGUUUGCACUGAGCCGGCUCUGGUGAGUCUUCAUUAGCAGGUUUGGUGUCUGGUCACAGGAGCAGCUGAUACUUCACAUACAUGUAUGUAUAUGUGUUACGUAUGUUUAGAUUUGUUGCAUUAGCUCAAUAAAACAAAAUCAUCUUCACAA